CCAGGCCUGCCCAGCCCCCAGGGACCGCGCCCCCACCCCCGCCCACAGCAGGACAGGCAACUUGGAGACCCAGGCCGUGGGCACCGGGCACUGGAGCCUCUCAUCCCCUUGAGCGUGGGCUGCGCGGGUCAGGGACAGGGCUGGCCCCAACCUGGCCAGGGGGUGGAGCUGUCCCAGCCACCCCCAGCCCCUUAGUCCCCUGAGAUGAGGGACCAGGGGCCCAGGUGCAGCUCUAGGAGCCCCCCUGUCUCCCCCGUAACUGGCAGGAGCCCUGGCCGCCUCAGCCUUUGCAGGGAGUGAUGAGAUUCCUGCCAUAACGGGCCCUUCUCCCGAGGCCCUCCCUUCAUUUGAUUUCUGAAGCUGGCUGAUUUGAAUAUUUAUAAAUAUCAGUAAAUUAUUUAUUGUAGCAAUCUGCUGCACCAUUUUACCCAUUGCAGUUAACACUUUAGGGGGCUCUGUGUUAUGGGAACCGGGGGUGGGAGUGAGGAGGAGGCGGCGCAGAGAGGCCCAAGACUUCCCACAGCCCACCCAGGAGCCCGAACUGGGGACAUGGUGGCAGUUCUAGUGCCUUGCUGAUCCUGGGGCCUCUGUGAGCCCAGGCUCUGGGGUGUCUGCGCAGCUCCGGGAUCAGUUGCCUCUUCCAUCAAAUGGGAUGAUGGCGGUCCCUGCUUGGCUGGGUCAUCGUGAGGCAUACGGUGAGAGAGUACCCAGAAAUGUGUGUCCGAUUUCUGCCCCCGCCGGCCUGCCCCCAGGAUCUGCUCAGCUCAGAGAGGAAAGCGGCGUGCAGGUGGGCUGGUGGAGUUUGGAGCCCUGGGAGGGAAGGGUCAGACCCUGGGAGCUGAUGGGAGGGCGGUGCUGUUUUUGCUGAGUGCGCAGCCGGUCCCCCACCAGGCCCCCAGCCUCUCUGCUCUCCUCUCUCUUCUGUGCCGGGCGAGAUGUCCAGGUCUUGCGAUCUUGUGCCUAGAUGUGCAUCACAUCUGCUUGCUUGUCCCCACCGGAGCUCAGCAGCCUUCUCUCGGGUCCUUGCUUGCCACAGCUCUCCCACCUUAUAGCCCCGUGGCCCUUUCUCGGGGAGAGAGACUGCCCAGGGUCCUGAGCUAGCAAGGGGGAGAACCAGGUAUGUCCUGGAGCCGUGCCACCUCCUGAGGCUCACCGCACGGGGCCAGAGCCACCGGGGCCACGGGUGAGAGUCUGGGAGGGCCGCUGGGCUUGCUACCUGUGCGCAGGUCCUGGCCAGCCCUUGCCCGGGGCCUGACUGGGCCCACCUGAGCGGCCCGGCCCCUUGCCUCCCUUCUGGAGCGCGGCCCUGAGUAAGCAGGGCAGGAGUCCCCUCGCCUUCCCACCCUCUGGCCGAAGCCUGCCUCCUGGGCAGUAUUGUUCCCAGAGGAAGUGUCCAGUGUAAAUAGAGCAGCGGGCAGGCUGGUGGCGGGAAGGAGAUGAAAGGGGCAGUGACAGGGCCGGGGACGGAUGGCUUCCUCCCAUUGAGGCCUGGCCACGGCGUUUAUAUUUUAGGGAAGAAAGUCGGGGGAAUGUUUACAUGGACAGGAGCCUGGGGUCAGACCACAAGGGGGGUAGUCUGUAUGUCCCAGGGCCCGGAGCGAGGGGGAGGGGAGAAGGGCUCCGCGGAGUGGGCCGGAAGGCAGACGGAUGGGCAGGCAACUUGGACCUGAGCUCUUUCAUACUCCCUACCCGCUGCCCUAGCCUCUGCCUCCCGCCCUGCUCCCCCGGCCCACAUGCCUUCUCCGCCUCUACCCCUGGGGCCAGGAGUAGAGUCAGAGGGAGGGCAACAUCUGGAAGGCAGCUGAAGGCACCCGGUGCACCGACCCGCCCGCAGGCAAGCCCGCGAUGGCGGCCAAGCGCAAAGGCGGCCUGAAGCUCAACGCCAUCUGCGCCAAGCUGAGCCGCCAGGUGGUGGUGGAGAAGGGGGCGGAGGCGGGUCCCCAGACCGAGGGCAGCCCGCUGCGGCCGCGGGACCGAGAGGCCGGCGUGGCCCGGGGCGCCCGCAGCGAGGAAGACAAGAGGCGGGCGGUGAUCGAGAAGUGGGUCAACGGCGAGUACAGCGAGGAGCCCGCGCCCACGCCCAGCCUGGGGCGCAUCAGCCGCGAGGGCCUGGAGCUGCCCCCCGAGGGCGUCUACAUGGUGCAGCCCCAGGGUUGCAGCGACGAGGAGGACCAUGGCGAAGCGCCCUCCAAGGACGGCAGCGGCGCGGCAGAGGAGAAGGAGUCUAGUGGGGCAGCCUCCAAGGAUGACAGCAGCCCCAGUGCCAAGCAGGCUUCAGGAGAGGCCUCCUCACUCCGGGACUACGCGGCUUCCACCAUGACUGAAUUCCUCGGCAUGUUCGGCUAUGAUGACCAGAACACGAGGGACGAGCUGGCCAGGAAGAUCAGCUUCGAGAAGCUCCAGGCGGGCUCCACCCCUGAGGUGGCCACCUCCUCCGUGCUGCCUGCUUCCGAGGACGCCCUCAGCAAGCGGGCGCGCUUCUCCAAAUACGAGGAGUACAUCCGCAAGCUCAAGGCCGGCGAGCAGCUCUCCUGGCCGGCCCACAGCACCAAGGCCGAGGAGCGGGCGGGCAAGGAGGGGGCGGGGCCUCUGCCUGGCCUGCGGCUGCCCAGCAACACGGCCCACCUGGAGACCAAGGCUACCAUCCUGCCCCUGCCAUCACACAGCAGCGUCCCCAUGCAGGGCCUGGUGGCCCGAGCCUCCAAGUACGACUUCUUCAUCCAAAAACUGAAGACAGGUGACAACCUGCGGCCCCAGAACGGAAGCACUUACAAGAAGCCAUCCAAGUAUGACCUGGAGAACGUCAAGUACCUCCAUCUCUUCAAGCCCGGGGAGGGCAGCCCCGAUAUGGGCGGGGCCAUUGCCUUCAAGACGGGCAAGGUGGGGCGCCCCUCCAAGUACGACGUCCGGGCCAUCCAGAAGCCGGGCCCCGCCAAGGUCCCACCCACCCCCAGCCUGGCCCCUGCGCCCCUCCCCAGUGUGCCCAGUGCUCCCAGCGCCCCUGGGCCAGGGCCUGAGCCACCUGCCUCCCUGCCCUUCAACACUCCUGAGUACCUGAAGUCGACCUUCUCCAAAACAGACUCCAUCACCACGGGAACCGUCUCCACUGUCAAGAAUGGAUUGCCCACAGAUAAACCAGCUGUCACUGAAGAUGUAAACAUUUACCAGAAAUAUAUUGCCAGGUUCUCGGGCAGUCAGCACUGUGGCCACAUCCACUGCGCCUACCAGUACCGAGAGCACUACCAUUGCCUGGACCCCGAGUGCAACUACCAGAGGUUCACGAGCAAGCAGGACGUGAUCCGGCACUACAACAUGCACAAAAAGCGCGACAACUCCCUGCAGCACGGCUUCAUGCGCUUCAGCCCGCUGGACGACUGCAGCGUCUACUACCACGGCUGCCACCUCAACGGAAAGAGCACCCACUAUCACUGCAUGCAGGUGGGCUGUAACAAGGUGUACACCAGUACAUCGGACGUGAUGACCCACGAGAACUUCCACAAGAAGAACACUCAGCUCAUCAACGACGGCUUCCAGCGCUUCCGAGCAACUGAGGACUGCGGCACGGCCGACUGCCAGUUCUACGGGCAGAAGACCACCCAUUUCCACUGCAGGCGCCCUGGCUGCACGUUCACCUUCAAGAACAAGUGUGACAUCGAGAAGCACAAGAGCUACCACAUCAAGGACGACGCGUACGCCAAGGACGGCUUCAAGAAGUUCUACAAGUACGAGGAGUGCAGGUACGAGGGCUGCGUGUACAGCAAGGCCACCAACCACUUCCACUGCAUCCGCGCCGGCUGCGGCUUCACCUUCACCUCCACCAGCCAGAUGACCUCGCACAAGCGCAAGCACGAACGCAGGCACGUCCGCUCCUCGGGCGCGCUGGGGCUGCCGUCCUCGCUGCUGGGCGCCAAGGACACGGAGCACGAGGAGUCGAGCAACGACGACCUGGUCGACUUCUCGGCCUUGAGCAGCAAGAACUCCAGCCUCAGCGCCUCCCCGACCAGCCAGCAGUCCUCCGCCUCCCUGGCCGCUGCCGCCACUGCCGCUGCCGAUGCCGUGCCUGGCGCCACCAAGCCUCCCAACAGCAAGAUCUCCGGGCUGCUGUCCCAGGGCCUGCCCGCGUCCAUCCCGCUGGCACUGGCCCUCUCCAACUCGGGCCUGCCCACCGCUGCCCCCUACUUCCCCAUCCUGCCUGGCCGGAGCGGUGCCUCCCUGCCUGUGGGCACCCCUGGCCUCCUGGGGGCCAUGUCAUCGGGGACAGCGGCCUCUGCAGCCGCUGACACACCUGCUCUGGCUGCCUCGGGAGCCGGCGACUCUGCCCCUGCGGCUGCCUCCUCUGUCCCAGUGCCCCCCGCCUCUAUCAUGGAAAGGAUCUCAGCGAGCAAGGGCCUCAUCUCACCCAUGAUGGCCAGGCUGGCCGCUGCUGCCCUCAAGCCCUCUGCCACUUUUGACCCAGGAAGCGGGCAGCAGGCCACCCCCGCCAGGUUCCCCCCGGCCCCGGUGAAGCAGGAGCCCGGUGAGAACGCUGGUGCCCCGGUUCCCCACGAGGUCUCCCAGGACCGCAGUUUAGACCUGACUGUGAAGGAGCCCAGUAAUGAAUCAAAUGGCCACGCAGUCCCGGCAAAUUCAUCUCUUUUAUCCUCGCUUAUGAAUAAGAUGUCUCAGGGCAACCCCAACCUCGGCAGCCUGUUGAACAUCAAGACGGAAGCAGAGGGCAGUGCCGCCAUGGAGUCCUCGCCCUUCCUGGGCAAGGCUGUGAAGGCGCUGGUUCAGGAGAAGCUGUCCGAGCCCUGGAAGGUGUACCUUCGAAGGUUUGGCACCAAGGACUUCUGUGACGCCCAGUGUGACUUCCUGCACAAGGCCCACUUCCACUGCGUGGUGGAGGAGUGCGGCGCGCUUUUCAGCACCCUGGACGGGGCCAUCAAGCACGCCAACUUCCACUUCCGGACGGAGGGUGGAGCACUGAAGGGGAGCACGGAGGCCUCCUUCCCCACCUCGGCUGCUGAGACCAAACCUGCCUUGGCCCCGUCAUCCCCUCCAGCGCCUCCUGUCACCACAGCCACAGUGUCCUCCCUGGAGGGUCCCACUCCCAGCCCGGCCGCCGUGCCCUCCACCCCCACGCUGCUCGCCUGGAAGCAGCUGGCUUCCACCAUCCCCCAGAUGCCUCAGAUUCCAGCGUCAGUGCCUCACCUGCCCACUUCGCCCUUGGCAACGACUUCUCUAGAAAACGCCAAGCCCCAGGUCAAACCCGGAUUCCUCCAGUUCCAGGAGAACGACCCUUGCCUCACGACGGACUGCAAGUACGCCAACAAGUUCCACUUCCACUGUCUCUUUGGGAACUGCAAGUACGUGUGUAAAACCUCCGGCAAGGCCGAGUCGCACUGCCUGGACCACAUCAACCCCAGCAACAACCUGGUGAACGUGCGAGACCAGUUCGCAUACUACUCCCUGCAGUGUCUCUGCCCCAACCAGCACUGCGAGUUCCGGAUGCGCGGACACUACCACUGCCUCCGGACCGGCUGCUACUUCGUGACCAACAUCACCACCAAGUUGCCAUGGCACAUAAAGAAGCAUGAGAAGGCCGAGCGGCGGGCGGCCAAUGGGUUUAAGUACUUCACCAAGCGCGAAGAGUGUGGCAGGCUAGGCUGCAAGUACAACCAGGUGAACAGCCACUUCCACUGCAUCCGGGAGGGCUGCCAGUUCUCCUUCCUGCUCAAGCACCAGAUGACCUCCCACGCCCGGAAGCACAUGCGGAGGAUGCUAGGGAAGAACUUCGAUCGUGCGCCCCCCGCCCAGGGCCCCCCGAGCCUGAUGGAUGCGGAGACGGAUGACUACAUGGACUACACGGGCUGCAGCCCUGGCGCCGUGUCCUCCGAGUCGUCCACCAUGGACCGGAGCUGCUCCAGCACCCCAGUGGGCAACGAAAGCACCGCGGCCGGCUGCCCGGCUCCUCUUCCUCCUCCUCUUCCUCCUCCUGCUGCCGCUGGCGACGAGGCUGCCCGCGGGGCUCCGCAGCCCCCACUGACCCCAUCCUUCUCAGCCGCCGUGCUCCGGGCACCCCUCCCCUCCCUCCCAUGCCUCUUUUCUCCGCCCUGUCUCUCAUACUCUCUGCUCAGUGCCACUCUCGGAGCCACGCGGGGCCUGGGCCACCCUGUCGGCAGCCCCCCCCGCUUCCCGCCCGCCACUGCCACUCCAACUCCAGUAAAAAGUGACGUACCCCUAGUUCAGGACGCCGCAGGGAACACCAUCUCCAUGCCCACAGCCUCCGGGGCCAAGAAGCGCUUCUGGAUCAUUGAGGACAUGUCGCCCUUUGGCAAGAGGCGCAAGACGGCCUCCUCGCGGAAGAUGCUGGACGAGGGCAUGAUGCUGGAGGGCUUCCGGCGCUUCGACCUCUACGAGGACUGCAAGGACGCCGCGUGCCAAUUCUCGCUCAAGGUCACCCACUACCACUGCACGCGGGAGAACUGCGGCUACAAGUUCUGCGGGCGCACGCACAUGUACAAGCACGCGCAGCACCACGACCGCGUGGACAACCUCGUGCUGGACGACUUCAAGCGCUUCAAGGCCUCCCUCAGCUGCCACUUCGCCGACUGCCCCUUCUCCGGCAGCAGCACGCACUUCCACUGCCUGCGCUGCCGCUUCCGCUGCACUGACAGCACCAAGGUCACGGCGCACCGCAAGCACCACGGCAAGCAGGACGUGAUCAGCGCGGCGGGCUUCUGCCAGUUCAGCUCGAGCGCCGACUGCGCGGUGCCCGACUGCAAGUACAAGCUCAAGUGCUCGCACUUCCACUGCACCUACCCGGGCUGCCGCCACACGGUGGUGGGCAUGUCGCAGAUGGACUCGCACAAGCGCAAGCACGAGAAGCAGGAGCGCGGGGAGCCGCCCGCCGCCUCCCCGGGCCCCGCCGUCGGCCUGGACGGGGCGCUGUCGCUGGGCGCCGAGCCCGGGGGCGCCCUGCUCUUCCUGCCGCCCGCCGCCGCCGCCGCCGCUGCCUCUGCCGGCGGGCCGGGGGCGCUGGGGCUGGGCGACGCGGGCGAUCCCGGCGACCCCGGCCCCCCCGACGGCCCCGGGCCCCGCGAUGGCCCCGCUGCGCCCGCCCCUGGCCACGCGGCCGAAGAGUCGUCGCAGGAGGACGAGGAGGAGGAGCUGGAGCUGCCCGAGGAGGAGGCGGACGACGACGAGGACGAGGACGAGGACGACGACGACGAGGACGACGACGACGAGGACGACGACGACGACGAGGACCUGCGCACCGACUCAGAGGAGUCGCUGGCCGAGGCGGCGGCGGCGGCGGCGGGGCCCGGGGCGCGGAGCCCGGAGCUGGCGGCCCCCGCGCCCGCCGCAGCCUCGCCCUAGCCGGCCGUCGGGGGUGGGGGGGCCCGGGGCCGGGGCCGCCUCGCCCGCGCCCUCUGCCCUGGUGGCCACUGCGAUUCCCUUCGUAAGAGAUGCUGUUUCUGGGCAGCGCUGCCCUCGGUCCAGAGCGAGACGGUCGCCCCCGCUGCCGGGCUCGGGGCGGCCCCGCCGGUGCUUCCGGACCCCGAGUCCGUCUCAGGACAGAGGCGGGGGCCUCCCUCUGGUGCUCCGGGGCCGCCCCCGCCCCGCCCGCGGCGCGCGGCCCGCGGCUGGAAGGACAGGCUGCGAGCGACCCUCCUCUGGCUGCACUUCGGGGAUCUUCUUCUUCAGGGAAACAGAAGGUGCUCUUGUCCGGGGUGGGACCGAGGAGCAGGGGCCCCCACCCCCCAGGGCCAGGCGGGCGCCGACGACCGGGCAGCCGCCCCCGCGCGCCCCUCCCCGCGGCCGGACCCCGGGCCCCACGACCAGGCCGGUGGGAUUCCUCAUUGCUCAGGACUGGGAAGGGCGCUGGGGGUCCCCGCGACCCCCACCCCUCACCCCCAGAGGCGGGUCCCAGCAGCAUCUGGCAGGGCCUUCCAUUCAUGCAGCUAAGACGCUCCCUCCGGGCCCUGGGGCGUUGGGGGGGGCGGGGCAGAGGCGACACUGCAGGGACCGCGGAGGGAACCUCACGGAAGAAUUAGGCGAGCUGGGA